CUACUCUACUUUAUUCCGACCAGUCCUGCCAGGUUGUCAGACACCGGUGAUUACAGGUGCAACGCAUAUGCCUGUGCAGUCGCAUGCCCUCCGGUAGUCGUGAAUACACCGCGCCGACUCGUGGUGUUACCCAGACAUCGAGAUAUAAAGUUGUACAUAAAUACGCGUCUGCUACAUGCCGGAGCUCAACCGCACGAUAACUACGAGAUGGAUGCGGACGUCGGUUUGGGGAAAAUUCUGUUUGGGAAUGACGCAUACGUGUAUUGUGAGCAGCAGCGAAUCCCAGGCGUGAAUUACGAGGGAAUGCCCAUAUUUACUGUUCACAUGAUGGGCAAGACAAAAGUGCCUGUAGCUCACCAAGUGAUUAGAAAUGCUAGUACUAGCAAUCCGUCUAUGGCAGUGUACAAGAUUCCUCGAGCAGAACAUGACAAGCUUUAUGGUGUGUUUGAGAUCGAAUGUCGCGUUUUGUAUGACUCGUCUUUGUUUGGCGACGAGGAUCUGCGGGAGCCGAAAACAAUCGACCCGAUUUACGAACGACGGGAAUUCUUCUUCGAGGAGCGCGUCCGACCAGUGAUCUAUAAUGCGGAAUUACUCUCUUCCAGUUCGAUCUUGCAAAUGAAAUUACAGUACAUCCCGAUUGAUCCGAAGUCUGCACGGGCCUACCGAAGCUCACAGAUAACCGAUGUGUUGCCAGAAGCACCCAUUCGUAUUUCAUCUAUGGCCUCCCUCGGUUCACCGCGAGGCUGGUUGGUUGUCAAAAUGUACUACUUACAAUCAGGAACUGUCAGACACGAUAGCUGCGACGAUACACAGCUAGUGAAUUUUCCCUUGUCAGGACUGCCAGCUAGGAUGAGGAAGAAAGUGCAAGUGGGCUACAUCCAUCAGCUCCCGUUUGUCAAUGCUUCGUUCACUUGUGUCAUUCGCCAAGAGCACAUAGCUCUAGCUCUUAUCGCAUACCAUAUCUACAGUAACGAGACAGCUAAGGAGACUGUCGAGUUGGGACUAAGUCAGGCGUUGGGUCGAAUGAUACAAGCAUGGCAUACGAGUCAGAGUGAUGAGGUGCACUCAUCCUUGUCCCUUCCGGAUAACUCGAAUGCGACGUAUCGUGUGCUAAAGCUGAACAUGGGAUGGAACGGUGUUGUGAAUAUUGGCUCUGAGCUGCGAAUGUUAGGUUACCUGGGAGCGAAGGGGGAUCGUCAAGUCAAAUGCUGGUAUCGAGUCCGUCUGGAUGAACCGGAACGAGAUUUGGAUGAGACAUUUCGUGUCGUGAAAGCACCGGCUGAGCACUCAUUCUAUCUUGUGAAAGACAAGGCCUCCUACUGGGACUCCGGGAUCUAUAGGUGCAACACUGGGCCCAGUUUGUCAACUGUGGGAUUCCUGUCCAGACACCUUGAGGUACUCCCAGAUUCUUCGAUUCUCCGCUUGUUUUUAACCCAUCACUCUCUCACUGAGGAUGCGAAAUGGAGGGGUAACUACAGUAGAUGUGGUUCGGAUGGCACCCCGCUACUAGAUAGCCUUUCGUACGUCGUAAUUAAUUGUUUAUACAUGGAUUCCCCUGGUUCCCAAGGUACGCACACCCGCAGUCUGCGCAUCACUCCUGUGGAUAGUGCACCUGACGGGGACUGGUUGAAAUUUGGAGAAAUCACAGUCAUGAGCAAAGAUGGAUAUAUCUUGUUUCCGCAUCGGUUCCAGGCUCCGGAUGUGGAUGUAUUU